AUGCUUGUUGUCAUGAGACCUAAGAUGUUUGUUGUCAAGAGACCGGAGAUGCUUGUUGUCAUGAGACCGGAGAUGCUUGUUGUCAUGAGACCUGAGAUGUUUGUUGUCAAGAGACCGGAGAUGCUUGUUGUCAAGAGACCGGAGAUGCUUGUUGUCAUUAGUCUGGAGAUGCUUGUUGUCAUGAGACCUGAGAUGUUUGUUGUCAAGAGACCGGAGAUGCUUGUUUUCAUGAGACCGGAGAUGCUUGUUUUCAUGAGACCGGAGAUGCUUGUUGUCAUGAGACCUGAGAUGCUUGUUGUCAUGAGACCUGAGAUGUUUGUUGUCAAGAGACCGGAGAUGCUUGUUGUCAUGAGACCUGAGAUGUUUGUUGUCAAGAGACCGGAGAUGCUUGUUGUCAAGAGACCGGAGAUGCUUGUUGUCAUUAGUCUGGAGAUGCUUGUUGUCAUGAGACCUGAGAUGUUUGUUGUCAAGAGACCGGAGAUGCUUGUUUUCAUGAGACCGGAGAUGCUUGUUUUCAUGAGACCGGAGAUGCUUGUUGUCAUGAGACCUGAGAUGCUUGUUGUCAUGAGACCUGAGAUGUUUGUUGUCAAGAGACCGGAGAUGCUUGUUGUCAUGAGACCUGAGAUGUUUGUUGUCAAGAGACCGGAGAUGCUUGUUGUCAAGAGACCGGAGAUGCUUGUUGUCAUUAGUCUGGAGAUGCUUGUUGUCAUGAGACCUGAGAUGUUUGUUGUCAAGAGACCGGAGAUGCUUGUUUUCAUGAGACCGGAGAUGCUUGUUUUCAUGAGACCGGAGAUGCUUGUUGUCAUGAGACCUGAGAUGCUUGUUGUCAUGAGACCUGAGAUGUUUGUUGUCAAGAGACCGGAGAUGCUUGUUGUCAUGAGACCUGAGAUGUUUGUUGUCAAGAGACCGGAGAUGCUUGUUGUCAAGAGACCGGAGAUGCUUGUUGUCAUUAGUCUGGAGAUGCUUGUUGUCAUGAGACCUGAGAUGUUUGUUGUCAAGAGACCGGAGAUGCUUGUUUUCAUGAGACCGGAGAUGCUUGUUUUCAUGAGACCGGAGAUGCUUGUUGUCAUGAGACCUGAGAUGCUUGUUGUCAUGAGACCUGAGAUGUUUGUUGUCAAGAGACCGGAGAUGCUUGUUGUCAUGAGACCUGAGAUGUUUGUUGUCAAGAGACCGGAGAUGCUUGUUGUCAAGAGACCGGAGAUGCUUGUUGUCAUUAGUCUGGAGAUGCUUGUUGUCAUGAGACCUGAGAUGUUUGUUGUCAAGAGACCGGAGAUGCUUGUUUUCAUGAGACCGGAGAUGCUUGUUUUCAUGAGACCGGAGAUGCUUGUUGUCAUGAGACCUGAGAUGCUUGUUGUCAUGAGACCUGAGAUGUUUGUUGUCAAGAGACCGGAGAUGCUUGUUGUCAUGAGACCUGAGAUGUUUGUUGUCAAGAGACCGGAGAUGCUUGUUGUCAAGAGACCGGAGAUGCUUGUUGUCAUUAGUCUGGAGAUGCUUGUUGUCAUGAGACCUGAGAUGUUUGUUGUCAAGAGACCGGAGAUGCUUGUUUUCAUGAGACCGGAGAUGCUUGUUUUCAUGAGACCGGAGAUGCUUGUUGUCAUGAGACCUGAGAUGCUUGUUGUCAUGAGACCUGAGAUGUUUGUUGUCAAGAGACCGGAGAUGCUUGUUGUCAUGAGACCUGAGAUGUUUGUUGUCAAGAGACCGGAGAUGCUUGUUGUCAAGAGACCGGAGAUGCUUGUUGUCAUUAGUCUGGAGAUGCUUGUUGUCAUGAGGCCUGAGAUGUUUGUUGUCAAGAGACCGGAGAUGCUUGUUGUCAUGAGACCAAAGAUGCUUGUUGUCAUGAGAUCUGAGAUGUUUGUUGUCAAGAGACCUGAGAUGAGGCUUCUGGAGUAUAUUUGUUGCAUCCUUGUGUUAAAUACUGGCAGCAAGCACUACUCCAUGUAA